AUGCUCUACACCCAGAAGCGAAAGGAUCAGCAGGCCGGCCAGGGGCCGCUCGAGGACAGCGACGAGCCGACGCCGCCGAAGAAUGAAGCAGGAGCGCCCACGAUCGGCUCCGCCGAGCCCCAGAGCCCGGCCCGAAAAAUCCGUGAGCAAACCGCACCCCAGCGGAAGGGGCUGUCGACCGAGAAGCCGUCGCGUGAGAUCCUCCCCAGCAUCAUGCAGCCCAUCUCAUUGAACCCCAGCAAGUACAUGCCGAACCCGAUGCCGCAGCUGAAACACCCCACCCGACGGGUCGACAACAACAACCCGGGGCUCUUCCAGGCUUUUCAGGCCCCAUUCAUCCGACGCCGCAAUUCCGUGAAGAGCCCCUCGAUGAUGAUCGUCAAGAAGAGUGGCGCAUCGGGGUCCAACAAGAAGAAGCUCAUCAGCAAGGAGGUCACUGGCCUGCCGGGACCGCUGAAGGCCGAAGAGCAGGCGUCGCAGGAGUCGCUGAAGGCCCAGCUGACUGAAUUCUGGUCGCUGGUGGACGAGUCGGUGGUGAACCGCGAGUACUUCCACGGCUACUUCACGAAGCACUACCUCGCCAAGAUCUUGCAGCUGCCCGGCGACUACGUGUGCGGCAUCGUGCCCGUCAUCACCGAGCAGAAAGGGCUGCGUCUGGAGGGCGGCAUCGGGCUCUACGUCGGCUACCAGGACAUCCGCUUCGUCCCGAUCCGGUUCAGCGAGGUCUACAUCGCCUCACUCCUCGAAAACGGCCGUCGCAGCGAGGUGGCCGCCAAGAUCUUCAAGCCGUCCACCCUCAGCCUCGACCCGAACGCCAACCGCACCAAGGACAUCACGCAGCACAAGAUGUUCCUCGACGAGGCCUAUGUCAUGUGGCAGCUCAACCACCCGAAUAUUGUUCAAUUCUACGGCAUCUGCUCCCUCAGCCCGGCGCUGACGAUCGUCAUGGAGUGCUGCAAGGGGGGCAGCGUUCGGAGCUACCUCCAGAAGCAUGGCGAGGGCGUCGGAUUUGCCGUCAAGACGCGGUUCGCCAUCGAGGCGUGUGAAGGACUCGGCUACUUGGCCCGGCGCGACUUUGUCCAUCGCGAUGUCGCCGCCCGAAACUGCCUGCUCACCGAGCAGCUAGUGCUGAAAGUAGCCGAUUUCGGCCUCACCGUCGACGUCGACUCGCUGCGCCGCCGUGAGCACGAGCAGAACGGCAUGGUGCUCCCGAUAAAGUGGGCCUCGCCCGAGGUCCUCCGCAGCGGCGAGUUCUCGUGGGCGAGCGACGUGUGGGCGUACGGGGUGAUGCUGUUCGAGUUCUACAACGAGGGCCGCGAGCCGUACCCGGGGCUCCGGAAUAGGGUCGUUCGCGAGGAGCUGCUCAAGGGCCAGCAGUUCCGCAUGGAGCUCCCGAAUAAUAUCCCACCCCCGAUCCGCGGGCUGAUGGCCAAAUGCUGGGCGGAGGAGCCGCUGAAGCGCCCGAGCUUCUCCGUACUCGCCGACGAGCUCGACAAGAUCCGCCGCGGCGUCUACGAGGAACACACGUCC